UGCUGUCUACUCCCCACACACACUCUGCCCUCUGGCCUGCAGCCAUGGCGCCCCUGCUCGCCCUGUUCCUGGUGGGCCUGGUGGGCCUACCUCUGGCCCAGGCUCUGGACUGCCAUGUGUGUGCCUACAAUGGGGAGAACUGUUUCAACCCCAUGCGCUGCCCAUCCAUGGUCACCUACUGCAUGACCACACGUACCUACUACACCCCAACCAGGAUGAAGGUGAGCAAGUCCUGCGUGCCCAGCUGCUUUGAGACUGUGUAUGAUGGCUACUCCAAGCAUGCCUCCACCACCUCCUGCUGCCAGUAUGACCUCUGUAAUGGUGCUGGCCUCACUGCCCCAGGGACCCUGGCCCUGGCCCCCAUACUCCUGACCAUCCUCUGGGGUCUGUUUUGA